UUGUUGCUGUGGUUUUGUUGGGUCGGGGCAGAGCUGUCAUCUUAGCCGCUAGCUGGCUAACGCACUGUUUGUCAUGUCAAGAGCAACCCGUCCCCUCGCAACACAGGGCUGCUAACGGGUUGAUUUGUUCACGUAUCCGCCUCUGGGAAGAGUCAGAGGAUAUCAAUCUGAGUGCGAGAGUUUAAGAGUGAGAUGAAAUGACAACGUCAACAUUACAGAAAGCGAUUGAUCUUGUGACCAAAGCCACAGAGGAAGACAAGGCGAAGAAUUAUGAGGAGGCCUUGCGACUGUACCAGCACGCUGUGGAGUAUUUCCUACAUGCUAUCAAAUAUGAGGCCCACAGCGACAAGGCGAAGGAGAGCAUACGAGCAAAAUGCAUGCAGUACCUGGACCGGGCGGAGAAGCUGAAAGACUAUCUGAAGAAUAAAGACAAACAGGGCAAGAAGCCCGUGAAGGAGGCUCAGAGCAAUGACAAGAGUGAUAGCGACAGCGAGGGCGAAAAUCCAGAGAAGAAGAAGCUGCAGGAGCAACUUAUGGGUGCCAUUGUGAUGGAGAAGCCCAAUGUCAGGUGGAACGAUGUGGCCGGACUGGAAGGAGCUAAGGAAGCUCUGAAAGAAGCUGUCAUCCUGCCUAUCAAAUUCCCUCACCUCUUUACAGGCAAGAGGACUCCGUGGAGAGGCAUCCUGCUGUUCGGCCCUCCAGGGACGGGGAAGUCCUACCUGGCUAAGGCCGUGGCCACCGAGGCCAAUAACUCCACCUUCUUCUCCGUCUCCUCCUCAGACCUCAUGUCCAAGUGGCUGGGAGAGAGUGAGAAGCUGGUGAAGAACUUGUUCGACCUGGCUCGCCAACACAAACCCUCAAUCAUCUUUAUCGACGAGGUGGACUCGCUGUGCGGCUCCAGGAACGAGAACGAGAGUGAGGCCGCCCGCCGCAUCAAGACGGAGUUCCUGGUCCAGAUGCAGGGUGUGGGAAACAACAACGAUGGUAUCUUGGUGCUGGGAGCCACCAACAUCCCCUGGGUGCUAGACGCUGCCAUUCGCAGAAGAUUUGAGAAGCGUAUCUACAUCCCUCUGCCGGAGGAGCCGGCUCGGUCUCAGAUGUUUCGUCUUCACCUGGGCAACACGCCACACAGCCUGAGCGAAGCCGACAUACGGCAGCUCGCCCACAAAACAGACGGCUACUCCGGCGCCGACAUCAGCAUCAUCGUCAGGGACGCUCUCAUGCAGCCGGUCAGGAAGGUCCAGUCUGCUACGCACUUCAAAAAGGUUCGCGGUCCAUCCAGAAGCAACAACCAGUUGAUGGUGGAUGACCUCUUGACUCCUUGUUCCCCUGGUGACCCCGCUGCCAUAGAGCUGACCUGGAUGGAUGUGCCUAGUGAUAAGCUACUAGAGCCCAUAGUCUGCAUGUCGGACAUGCUGCGCUCUCUGUCCACCACCCGUCCCACAGUCAACACUGAAGAUCUCCUGAAGGUCAAGAAGUUCACAGACGACUUUGGGAUGGAGGGCUGAGAGACGGAGCCCCACCUCUCCCCGGUCCACGAGAAGGGUCAAACUGCUCCCAACAACACCAUCAACCCCCCACCCCCCUAACUGCUGUACUGUCCUGUAGGAUUUCAUCUCUCAGCUGAGUGCUUGGUUCACUGCCUCUCACUGAUUUCAAAAUAAAGGACCGGUCUGUUUGACUUCUCAUCAUACGAGCCAGAAGUCUUUGAAUCCUUGGAGGAAGUUGACCAAAUCCUACAAUAGAAAAUGUUGGUGUGAUUUUGGUAGAUGGACAAUAGAGUCCAAGUCUUUCCCCCAUUUCAGACAAUGUUGCAUUACAAAGCAGCCGCUACAGUGUAUUCACUACAAGAACUUUUUAUCUAACCUGCAUUGACGUGAGGAAAGCUGCAUUUGAUUCUAAAUGCAUUUAGUUUGUCCCUCUCUGAGCCGAUUCUAUCAGAAUGAAGGACUGUACUUUUUGUUGUUUUUUGCCUUUGUGCACUUUGCUUUGGGUCGCAAUGAAGGACAGUGACGUUUGAAGAAGGAACAAAAGAAGAAGACAGUUCUCCUGCCAGGCAUGCGUGUGUGUGAAUGCAUCUUCAGUGUUUUUAUGAAACUUGUGUCUUAAUGUAUUUGUCUCUAUGUCGAGAGCCCUGUUAUUUUGUUAUUUGAUGAAGAGUUAAAUUAUUGAAGCAUCACUGCCUCAGUGUCCCUCCACAGCUCUGUGUGUCUGCAUCAGGCUGUACCUCUGUGCUAGCAGAAGUCAUGUUUCAUAUUUACAAUACAAGAGAUGUGCUUGAUUAAGAGCGACACAAAACAUUUCCUCAAUCCAUAAACUUUAUUUAAAAACUCAGUUGUGAACCUCUAGUUGCUCUUGAGAUAACAUCUCACCACAAGGUUCAAUUAGUAGCUAUCCUUGAGCUUUGGGAUAUCUCAUGAUCUUCCUCAGCAGAUGAGGUUUGCCAAUAUGUCAUGGUGUUGUGAAUGUUAAAAUGACCAUUUUUUACUAAAGAACUACUUUGGCUUAACAUUUGAGGUUGAGAAACAUUUUGUAGCUAUUCUGAAGCUUUUGAUUUUAUCACAUGAUCUUCCUCACCACAGUUCCUAAAAUAACGUGGAUGACAAGCUGUCCAUGACAUGCAAACUCCAUCUGCUGAUGGAGACCAUGUGAUUUGAUUUAAAAAGCUCAAGGAUUGUUUUCUCAAAGGCCAUUUCCAAGGUCAAGAAUGAACUUUGAAUCUCAGCUCCGGUUACUCUAUUUAAAUCAGCUUUCUGCACUCCAUUUCCCAGAAUACAGUUGUGAGUUGAGUGUGAGCCAUACUGUGAAAUCUUCCCUUUUUGUUAUUGAAGUUUGUUGCAGUCUGUUCAGAACCUAAGUACCUUUUCUUUCCGUUUAAGAGAAUCGAUCAAGCCCAUCUCUUUAAGUGUGAGCAUUUUGUUUAGUUUGCCCCGCCAUUAACAGUGUUACUGAACACUAUUUAUACAACUGACUGACCAUAAUGGAGAUAUGGUAUGUUUACACUUGAAGUAUUUAUUUUGUUGUUUCAGGAUGAAGUAUUUUUUUGUUUUCUUGGGAUUCAAAUGUACACACCAAGUUCUACUCCGAGGCAGACGCCACCAUAUUGUUUCAUUACUGUCUGUUCGGGGCUGGCUUUCCUUCUCAUGGGGUAAAUAGUAUUUGUCCUGUUGUCAGCUAACAGACAUGGGAAAGCUAGCCCCGCUUGCUAUGGAGCAGCAGGACGACACAGUUAGUCAGGUUAAAAUUAUCUUUUAAAAUCUGCUAUUGGAUGUUUGUUCUGCAACAACUCUGACCUCUCACUGUCUGCUAAACUAAGUGACACGAUAGCUCAGCUCUGCGUCGUCGUGUAUUGUAUUUGUGAAGGUACGUACUGGUUCAGUGGGAGGUCAGUUAUCAACGUCCCUGUAAGGGGCUUAUUAACCUGUCACUGGCCAUGUAACCAUUACUACUAAUUUAACCUGCAUUAAUAAAACAUUU